CCUACUUACAGCGACAAAGUGCAGCUUGUCCUGCCUCUCUGGCGGCUAGCUAGGUUCCUCAAACUGCCUUUUUGCCCCCACUGGAUCCGUACCUAGCGCCCCGCGGUCGCUGAUUGGUCGCGACGUGCGUGAGUGACGUCACGCACGCCAACAUGUCGGCUGUCUGUUUAUCAACACGGCCAGCGCGAACUCGCCACCCCCGCCGUGACAGACGCGACGCCAGCGCGUCACGUUUCCUGACUUGAACCGCGACACUGGUCACUGGAGGGCGAUGGACGUGCACGCCGCCAACCUGGAGUACUACGACAAAAUGCAGCAACUCGAGGAGAGGCUCAGGAGGAGUGAAGAAGAAAGGAUGCUUCUGCAGCGGCAAUUUGAUCUUCUUGUCCAGUCAAAUCAUGAUAAGGAAAGAGCUCGUGUGUCUGUUGUUGAGGCACGUUACAAGCGCUUUCUUGAUGAAGACAAACGGCGAAGAGACCGCAACAGUAGCCUUCUGCAAGCUUUAGACCGCAUUGACAGCCACACUGCAAGCCUUGCAGCUAAAACUGAACGGAUGCGUUCACUGAGGAAACAUUAUGAGGCUUUCAUUGCACACUCUUACCCUGGAUGGCAACUGGAAUUGGAAAGGCCUUAUUGUCCCCUUGCUGCCAUAGCACCAGCACCAAAUGUCAUGGCUAGAGUGACAGAUGUCACAGAAUAUGACUCAAAUAAUCCUCGAUGUUUCCCAGAUACGAGUGAGUUCAGUGACACACAAUAUCAUGCUCUGCCUGCCAUAAGCCCCAAGCCUUACAGCCCUCUUGCCAGUCCUCUCUGCCGCUCUGAACUUGCCAUAUCUACUAGAGAUGACUUCCCUUCAGUGGGGCGAUCAUUGUAUCGCACAGGCUCAGCAGCAAUUAGAAGUGCUUCUUUAAGUCCUUCUAGAGUUCGUGACUUGUCAUCUCAAUAUGAUGCUAAGAAGAUGACUUCCCCAUCAAUCAGAAAUUAUGACUCGUAUUCACCAUCCAAGAUUUCAGAAGUGGGUCUUUCCCCAAGGCUGAGGAAUGAAUCAAAUUUUACUAAAAUAAAUAAUGGACUCUCAUCUCCGAGGGAACCGUCUUAUCAAAGCAAUCUACAAACUUAUGGCCAAGAUAGGCCAAUUUCUUAUAGACCAUUGUCUACUACAAAUCAUUGUUUCCUGGACUAUGACCAUGGCACAUCGGAGGCAGAUUUGAAUACCAGUGGUGACUUGCUGAAUCUCUCUAAUUUAUCCUUAUCUGAUGAUGGAGUUCUAAAUGAUCCAGAAAUCCUUGAUUCAUCAUCACGAUUCUCACCCAUCAGUCAUCCCACUUAUACUUCCCCAAGAGACUAUGGGUCCUCCAAACAAAUUCCGUCAAUCUCUCUGUCCAUACCCCCAGCCUCAGUCAGGCAUCAUGUCAGCCCACGAGAAGUCUACAUACCAAAAAGAAGUGCUUCACUUUCACCAUCUCUCUUCACCAGCCCCUCCCCUAAAUCUAUUCUGUCCCCACGAAGCAGAAAAUCUGAUGUUACAUCAGACAGUGUUCAUCGAAUCCUUUAUCCAUCAGAUGCAGACUUUCAAAGAACAGAACCAUUAUUGAGUCCUAGAAGACAGAAGUCAACUUGGCAAACUCUUCGGCCAAGCUACUUACCUCCUCCAUCCAGAAGUACAAUCAGGCGAUCUGUAACUUUUUCAGAGCCUGAAUACGAAACUCCUUAUAGUUUGAGAGAUGAGGCUGGAAGUCCGUACAGUGGCUCUUAUGGUUCUUUGAGAAGACACUCACCAUCUUCACCUAUUUCAAAUUGGGAAUCAAGUGAUCAUGAGCGCUACUUACGUGAAAAACAAAGCAGGGAAAAGGAUGCUUUUCGAGAGAAAAUAGAGAGACUCAAAGAGCUGAUAAAAGAAAAUAAAGACCACGAAAUGGGCUUCGCAUGCACAGAUACUCGUUCUAGGAGCCCUUCUUUUCAACCCAAGGUAAGAGAUCAUGAAAAAGAAAAGUGUGAUUCUCUGGAAAGUUCCAUUGACCGGGAUUGGAAAGCCUCACAGUCUCGUAGAUCAUCCCUUGCAACUGAACUUGUCUCUGAUGAUGAUGAUGAAGAGAACAUCUCUUCACCUUACAAGAACGCAAACAAAACAGAUGAGCUGGAAAGUAAAAACGGAGUGCAUACCUCAAAAAUGGAUUUUGCUGAAGAUGUUUCAGAGCCAAUUACUGAUAAAGAACACUGGUCAGGUAAAUUCAACGAAAAAGAUGAAGAUGCUAAGGAAAAUCUAAAAGCCCCUGAAAUAAAGGACAAAGGCACUAAGGAUCAAUCAGAAUCAGAAAAAUUAAAUCUUGAUGAUGGUUAUGCUUAUACACCAUAUGAGUCAACAGAAUUUAAAGAAGGAAAAGAAUUUAAAGACACUGAAAAUCCAUCAACUCAAAGUAAGCAGGAGUCUCAAGGAGAGCAUGCACAGCCAAAUGAUGGAAAUAAAAUGGAUCAGGAACGUGUGAAUGACACAGAAGAAAAACAACUUCAAGAUGCAGGAAAGGAGAGCUCAGACUUCAUCUACAUGGAGAGCAUAAGAGAGGGUGACACAGGGGAACCACUCUCAGAAAAAGCUAUUGAUUUUGAACACUCAGACAAUUUGCAAAAAGUUGACCAAACUGAAGCAAGCUUCCAAAACAACUUGCCAACCAAAGAAGGGCAGGAGAAUUUGAACGAGUACCAAAACAAUUACAACUAUGAGGCAGAUCCAAAACAGCAAGAGUGGGCUACAAAUGAAGACGGUGGAACACAAGGGCCACAAAAUAUGCAGUACGAUGACUCAACUCCCACAGGCUAUGAGAAUCAAAGCCAAAAUAAUGCAGCACUUGGACAAGAAAGUGGGUUUGAGGGAUAUCAAACAGAAGGCGGUCAGGAACAACAGAGAUAUGAAAAUUACCAAUCUAACACUGCACCUGACCAGCAACCACAAGAAAAUUAUGGAGAAAAUGCUGGGUACGAACAGUAUCAAGAGCCCAAGCAAGCAACAGAAACUGGGUACCAGGAGUAUUCGGAAGACCCAGGUCAAUAUCAACAAAAUUACCAAGCGUAUUCCGAAGACCAGCAGUAUAAUGAACAACAAGAUCCCACCUAUAAUGCCCAAGACCCAGGUUUUAAUUCACAAGAUCCAAACAGCUAUCAAUAUUCACAAGACCCAAACAAAAACCAGUAUCAAGAGUACAACUAUGAGCAGAAUCAGGAAGCAUAUGAUUAUUCUCAAGACCCCAACUAUCAACAAGAUCAAGCAUACCAGCAGGAGCAGCAGUACCAGUCUGAUCAAGCUUACUUACAAGAUCCCAAUUACUCCCAAGACCAGCAGUAUCAGCAGAGCUCAGAAUACCAGCAAGGUCAACAGUAUCAAGAAGCUGGCUAUGAUGGGUCUGGACAGUAUCAAGGAUAUCAACCUGGUACGGAUGAUCUAUCAGAGGAAACAACUCCAUCUGCUGAUUCCAAUUAUCAAGGUCAAACUCUGGGCGGCGAAGCAAAGGACCAAUCUCAAACUUUGGAGCAGUACCGUGCUUUGCUGGGAGCCGACCCCAGCAGUGAGCCAGGGUUUAGUGAUUCCAGUGAAAUUGAGAACCAGAUGGCUGCUGUGGUUGGACUGGGUGGAAACUCAAGUGUUGUGGAACAAGCCCCAGCAACUUCGCCACCCGUGGCUCCAGCAGCAGCAAAGGGAAAGGCCAAGAAAAAGCCUCAGCUCACCCGGAAGCAAAGCAGCAUCACAGCCGAUAGUGUAGAGGGCAACGAGCAAAAGACACCGUCUCUUCCAAAGACGCCCGAAGUGAAAUCGGACCCAGCAGCACCUCAGCAAAGUGACAGUGACUUUGACAUUAGUUCACAGUAGACACACUUUCCCUUUUUACCAUUUGGUGCCUUAAAAAUGGAUUCUUUCAUAGCACAUUUGUAAUGUAGUCAACACUAAGAAGUACUGUUAUCAUUCCUAAAUAACCAAAGAAUUUUUUAAGUAACAAGGAUAUUUUAUGUAGCAAUAUACAGAUCUAGUUCAUAUAAGUUAUUCUCUCUCUUCUCCUUUUUACUGAUUGUCUUUUUCCCUCACCCAUGUUGCAUGUGUAAUUGAAUUGUUUCAGAAGGCAGAAUUUUCAAUUGUUCUAUAAGCACUUAAACAGUUACAAAAAGCUUCAUUCAAUGUUAUGGGUCUAAAGAACGAUUUUCAUGAAAUAUGUGACAGCUUAAUUGAGCUUAUUGGUGAAUUUAUUCUUUUAGAAUUCAUAGCCCUUUAUAAAUGUUGCAAAUAAAAAUAAAUACAUGACAGGGCA